AUGAUAUCACAUGGCCUUCAGAAGAAGGCUUUAUCUGCCUGCCAAGCAUGGAGGCUGCUGAGUUCCAUCGUGGUUCACGGCUUCUGCAUGCUGUGCAGCCUAAUGUUGGCCUUGCUGCGCCUGGGGGCUGGUGCCGAGGAGUUUGCAGGGGUUGAGUUCCUGGAGGGCCACGUCACCCAUGCGAGGUCGCAUGAAGCCAGCCAUGGUUUCAAGUAUCCGGUGCGUAUGGCUUUAGUAGACUUGGAUUCGCCGCCAGCUUGGUGGUCACAGGAGCCGGUGCCGCGGCUAUCUGCCAAAGAGGUGAGGGAAGCACUCGGGGUCAGUUCGGGCCGCGUCAGGGUGCUGACUACACCGAGCAGUGCCGGGUACCACCAGAAUCCCAUUCAGAUCUAUUUCUGCGACAACAAGACCGCGCAGGGCCAAGGCAUUUGUGAGGUCACCAACACGCCUUGGAACCACCAUGUCUUCUUUGCUUUCGACCGCACGGGCGCGGAGCUGCCAAAGCCGUUGCACGUGUCCCCCCUGAUGGAUCUCCAGCAUCGUUGGCAGAUCCAAGCCUCCGACCCUUCGGCAGACCCUUUGGAGGUCUCCGUGGAUGUGCUUCCUGGCCCCGAGGCUGGGGCGAAGGCGUCACCGAUCUUCCGGGCGCACCUCAGGCUCCAACGCAGCCAGCUGCCCCAUGCCAGAGCCGAACGCGCAGGUUCGUUCCGAAUGCUCUGGGAUUAUGGCUUCCAGCCGCAGCGCACGGCCGUGCGUAUCUACCUCAACGCGGUGAAGCUCAUGCGAAAAGGCGUGGGUUUCCGAUCUCACCCGAAGCCUGUCUACAAGGAGGCAGUGCUCGGGGCCCAGCAGAGCUUCCAAGGCCGCGGCGCGCAGGAGCCUUGGUGGCGCGACAACGAGGGCUUCCCAUGGGGUGCGCGAUGGUCGCCCGACACGAAGAAAGCGACAUAG